GUGUCGAAAAGACAACCCAAGAAAAGACGCGACUUUCGGUCCGACACCUCGACACACCCACACUACAUACUCGAGGACGACAGGUCGCAGACGAUCGUCGGUCAUCGAACAAUGGCCAGCAUCACACAGAUCCCGCAUCACGACGGCUACACGUCCAGAACCUUUGUGUACAAGGUCAUAGACGGUCUCGAAAUCAAGACGGAAGUUGCCUGGCCUGCGACCAAAAAGACCUCGGGUCCGGUGCCGGUAUUGCUACAUUAUCAUGGUGGAUUUCUGGUCAUAGGAGAUCGAUUUAGCUUCCUACCGACGUGGCUCGUCAGCUCGUGCGCGUCGAGAGGUUGGAUCUUCGUCACACCCGAUUACCGCCUCAUUCCCGAGACGACGGCCCAUUCAUCUCUCGACGACGCGGUCGAUGCGUACAACUGGGUUCUGACCAAGAUGGGAGGGGAGAUCGGCUUGGACAUCGGGAAGGUGGUCAUGGCAGGAAGUAGCGCAGGUGGCUAUCUGGCCCUGGGGACGUCGUGCCUCGUCUCCCCCAAACCACAAGCCGUCGUGACAAUCUAUGGCAUGCUCGACUUUGCCGACCCUCGGUAUCUGAACGACGGCUCCCUGAUAUUCGGAAUGCCCCCCAUCGACACAAGCGGAACGAUGAAGAAACUGGAAGACCUCGGUCGACAGGACCAUCCGAGCGUCGUGUCCGGAUCGCCAGUACCGAUCGUCGUGGACCCGAAAGCCGUGCCACGGUUCGAAUACAUCCUCGCAUUGCUCGCCGAGCGACUCUUCCCCGACUACAUCACCGGAGUCCCGGGAAUGCGCCAGGCGAUUGUCGACAAGGGAAUCGGAGCCAUCCCGCAGGAACACAGGCCCUUGUUCCCAGCCGCCUUCGGGCUGCCGAGCGACUUGCCACCGUUUUUGGUCCUACACGGUCGCAACGACAGCGCGGUGCCGUGCUCGGCAAGUGAGACCGCGGUCAAGGCGUUGAAGACCGCGGGAGCCAGCGUUCAGACGGAAUUCGUCGAUGACGCGGAGCACGGAUUCGACGGUCGUCUCGAGGGGGCGAGUAAUCUGGAUGCACUGUCGGAAGGCGGUGACGAUAGCAGAGCUUUGCAAAUUCGAGCUUUGAAGAAUGUAGUCAAAUUUCUAGAGAGACAUCUAGGAUAA